CGGGCCGGAGUGACAAGACAAUUGGGCCGGAUCUGGCCCCCGGGCCUUAGUUUGCCUACCCAUGCUCUAGUCUUAGGCAAUUCAAAUUACUUUCACUUGGUUUUUAACACAGAGCUUAAAAAGUAGCAUGCAAAGCAGCACUGGGCGAAACUAAAACCCUCUCGUUAUUUUGCACAGACCACGCAGUUCAUUCCAUUCCAGAUAGGUCUAUUAAUACACCUUCCUAUUUAUAUGCUGGCUUCUUGCAGCAACAUAGUAGAGAGCUACAGCUGCAUAACCGAGAUGGAAUAGGCGUCCUGCUAGCCACUUGGGAGAAACUGAUCAGCUGAGGUGGAGUGAGAGUGACAGGGAUGCCUACAGACUACUCAACACACAGACCCCGGAAGAGCAGGGCUGAUGGAUCAUAACUGCAGCAUACCAGAAGGGCAGGUCAAUAUUCUUACUGCAGAGGCAACGCUAUCUCAAAAAGCUGCCAGAAAUGUACGCUCUGCGGCAUAAAUAGCAGCCAGCAAAGGUUUUUGGCGGAGGGAUAUGGGGCUUAUUCACCCUGCAGCUUCCGCUUAGUCAUCCAGCGUUGGGUAGAAACUCAAGGACAAGCAGCCGACAUCUGACCACAAAAGAAACAUUCUGGGGGGUCCUGAUCUGAAGAUGGAGAGCUCAAGAGGGACACACCUCAACAUGGCUGCUGUGGCAUCUCGUGUUGGAGCUGCCCGGUUGCUGCAGGCAGCCUUUGGAUGUACCACGUUCAGCCUUGUGGCCCACCGAGGAGGGUUCAGUGCAGCCUAUGGCACUUUCUGCAUGUCCGUCUGGUGCUUCUGUUUCGCAGUCACCGUCUUUAUCGUCACCUGCGAGUUCACGCGCCUCCACAGCUGCCUGAGCAUCUCUUGGGGGAAUUUCACCGCCGCCUUCGCCAUGCUUGCCACCCUCAUGUCCAUCACAGCUGCUGUGAUCUAUCCGCUUUACGUCGAGUUUGGCUGCCAUUCCAACGGGUGCGAGGCGAGAGAUUUCCGCAUCUCGGCCAGUGUUUUCGCAGGGCUUCUGUUUGCCUACGCCGCGGAAGUAUUCCUCACGAGGGCCAAGCCGGGACAGGUGACCAGCUACAUGGCCACCGUUUCUGGCCUCCUGAAAAUUGUCCAGGCUUUCGUAGCUUGCAUCAUAUUUGGGGCUCUGGUGAACGGCAGCCAAUACGACCGGUACGUGGCAACCCAGUGGUGCGUGGCUGUCUACAGCUUCUGCUUUGUGGUGACAGUGGUGGUGGUGGCCCUCAGUGUCACGGGAAAGACAGCCAUGCUGAAGUGCCCCUUUGAGCGCUUUGUGGUUGUUUACACUUUUGUGGCUGUCCUGAUGUACUUGAGUGCCGCAGUGAUCUGGCCAGUGUUCUGCUUUGACCGUAAGUACGGCUCCCCACACCGCCCUUACCAGUGCUCCAGAGGCAAGUGCCCCUGGGACAGCCAGGUGGUCAUUGCAGUGUUCACGUGUGUGAACCUGGUGCUUUACAUUGUGGACUUAGCCUACUCACAACGCAUCCGCUUCGUCUCACACCCCUAGUAGCCACAAAAAAGCCAUAAAAGACUCAGGCAGAGGGAGUUUUGGGACCCGCCUAGAAAGCUGAUGUCCAGGUCACACCAAAAGAAUUUGUCUUGAUUGAAAGCGGCCUGUCCAUGAAAGAAACAUAGCAAUGCAUCUGCAGUGCUACCCUCAUUCCAGCAGAUGUGUACACUUGAUGCAUCAGUGACUCUACAGGUUAAUAGGUUUUGUAAGGCCUAGUACUAAGGGUGGGGAAAACAGGUUUUGGACCCUGAAUUGUUCAUCCUAAAAUUGUUGGGUAAGUUAAAACUGCAAGAAGAAUAGAAAAAUAUCUAGGCCCAAAAGAGCAACUGCCAAAAUCCCAGCUCAAUCAAUGAAAUUCUGUUAAAGUGAGAAACGUAUAACUAAACGUAAUAGAUUCUGUCAGAAAUUUCAGACAAGGCAGGGGAAAGAGAGGGGAGAUUACAACCACCAAGAAGACUGAGACCGUUGUCCACAGCCCAGAGUAUGAAAAUAACAAUUUCCUUAUGCAUGUACUUGGUUGUUGGUGAGAUGCACAUUCCUGUUUGGAAGAGUUUGAGAAGUGAAGUGAAUACUGUCAAGUUUGUAAUUGACAAUGGGUGUAGGGAAGGUUGCUGCAAGCUCUAAAAUAAUUACUUCCAGAUUGUUUCCCUCAGUUAUUCCUUCAAGAAGCAUCUGGGGAUAUUGCUAUGCCUGCGGAAACUGUGGCUACACACAAGACAUUAGCGUUUUGAAACAAAGCCAGACUUUUGAACCAAAACCACACUUUGAACCAAAGUAUAUUAAUUUAGACAAAAUAAAACUGUGUUGUUUUCGUUUUGCAAGAGUUAGGCAACAGACAUUGUUUAAUUCCGCAAACGCUUGGCACCGUGCAAACUGCAGAUUACUUAAUGAUCUAGAACAUGACCUGGAUUUGCUGGUCUUUCACAAUGCUGAAAGGACAUUUAAAUACAUCCAACCAAGUGCCUAUUGUCCGACUCCUGGAGGUGCUGAUUCUUGAUUCCCAGCUGAGAAAACACGUCUGUAUAAAUGCAUCAUGGUGCAAAGAAGUGUGCUGGUCUCCUUUGGUGUGGAUCAGGAUCAUCACCUGAAUUCAGAGACAUUUUCAAAUAUAAGAAGCCAAAGCAAGUAGUUUAUUCCAAUUGCUUAUAUUAAAUGUGUGUGAAUUAGGUAGGAAGGCUUUAUUCCAAUCUAGAAUAAAAAUAGCAAGUUGGCAAAAGUA